CCCACUUUAAGAUCCAUUUGUCUUAAAUUCAAUCCCAUAAAUAAUAUUCUUGUUACUUUAAACUGAAUAUCCUUAAUAUUAAAACUAAAGUGAAUAAUGAAUAAAUUUCUGAUAUCUGAAACCUAAGAUGCACAAUCAUGUUCAAUUUUAUUUCUUAUUAAUUAUUCUACAUAAAGCUUGAUUAAAAUAUUUUGCAUUUUUGAUUUUUGACUCAUUCCAGCCAUUUCUACAGCGUGCCUUCGAAAAUUCAUUUGGUUCUUCAAUCAUAUGACAUUUAUCAUCCUUUCCUUUCUUGUAUUUAAUUACUUUAUGGCGGUUCCUUUCGCCCCAUUGACUUACUUCAUGACUGAUCUUGUUAAUGUCUGUUGAUGCUUGCUUGAUUUUCGUUGAUUCUUUUACAUCAUCUGGAUCGACUUUUCUUCUCUUUAUUGGAACUUUAACUUGCUGGAUGUAGUCGUUAUUGCCUUCAUUUAUAGUAAUAACUUCAUUGGUUCCUCUAAGAAGCUUUAAAGAAUUCUCUUCUGGAUCUUCUUUUAAGCCCUUCGUGAUGUCAAUGAACUCUAUCGAUUCCUCAAUCAGCUUAGACAUUUUCUUGCCAAUAAACUGCUGCAUACUUUCACUGACAUUUAAUUCACUUAGAAAGACAUUUUCAGCAUUAUCCAAAUAUCUUUGAGAUUUUAGUUCCUUUUUUGGUUCCUCAACUUUACUGUCAUUUUUAUCUUUUGGCUUAUAAAACUCGUUGUUGAAUAAACUUGGAUCGACAGCAGCUGCAAUUAGUUUCAUGUCUUCGUCUUCAGAUUCUGAGGAGGAUGACAUUUUCUUUUAGUAAUGCCCAAUGUUUGCUCGAUGUUUUGUAAACAAACCUAGAAUACACUGUAAAACAGCUGUUUGGAAUGUUUCGAUGCUGAAAAUUUCUAACAGUGUAUUGUUAUUAAAAAUGUUUGCAUAAUUGAAUCUAGUAAAAUUAAGUUUUUAGGCAAUUAGCCAUAGAGAUCGAAAAGAAUUCUCUAUUAAUGUUGGUCUUAAGGAUCAUUCGAAUAAAUCACAAUAGGAGUUUAAGUAAAAAGUUUCGUCAAAUGUGUUCAAAAAGUAAUUUUAGUGAUGAUAAAACAAAUAGUGUCAAUGAGAAUGAACUGAAGACUGAUUCAUCCAUAGAACUCCCACCAGAACCUGAUAACUGCUGCAUGAGCGGAUGUGAAAAUUGUGUCUGGAAGCAAUAUGCUGCAGACCUGACUGAUUUAUACAAUGUUAGUGGAGAUAAUGCUAAGAAAAUAAUACUAGAAAAGAUCAAAGAUCCGACUAUGCAAGUCUUUCUAAAAAUGGAACUGGAUCUUUUAGAUAAAAAGAAAUAAAUUUUUUUAUUGUUCUUAAGUUAACAUAA